AUGUUGUCCGUCACCAACAAAUUUGAAGUAUUACCAAAUGAGUUGUUUAUCGUUGUUUGUUCAUAUAUGCUCCCGCACGAAAUUUUGUAUGCAUUUUCGACUUUGAGUUAUCGGUAUAAUCAACUAGUUCGUUUAUUCAUUGAACAGAUCGAUCUGACGAAUGUUCUUCUCUCAGCACCAUCAUCUAUUUACUUCGCACUUCUUCUAGAUUAUCGUUUCGAUAUUAGGUCGCUUAAACUAAACUCGUCCUACUUAAAUACAAUUCUGGCGUCGGGUUUAAUGUAUCCAAAUAUGAAAUGCAUCUGUGUAAUAGAAGAUGAUCCGUCUUAUUCCGACGUCAAUAUCGUACCGUACAUGGAAAUAUUCUCAAGGUUAAACUCGUUAACGUUAAAGCUACAAACACGUGCAAAGGUCUAUCAAAGCAAUGAUUUGAAAAUCUGUGAACAUUUCUUUCGAGAAGAGUGUAUGUUAGAAACAUUGAUUAUUAAAAAUACAUUAACGUGGAUCGAUGCACGAAUCAUGACACCUUGCGAACAUCUAAAAUACUUGACAAUCACUCUACCUGAUAUGCUCGAUAUUUAUAUACUCUUAAACAAACUGCCAUUAAUCGAAUUUUUAUGUGUUGAUAAGCUCGUAGCAAAUGGACUUUUGGGGAAUCGAAAAAUAAUAAAUUAUGAAACCCAACAGCGAGAACUGCCACCAAUAAAACUGAUAUAUGAGACGUGUCUUCAAGAAUUCAAACUCCAUGAAGCAACGGUUAAUUACGAAGAAUUAAAAGCAUUAUUGAAACAGUUGAAAGUAUUAAAACGUCUUUCGCUUAUCAACAUUGAUUGUAUAUAUCACUUGAUCGAUGGUGAAGAAUUAGAACAAGGAUUUUUGACCGAGUUGAAACAAUUAAAUAAAUUUAAUUUUCGCUUCGAAUCACGUGCAAGGCUAUUACCAGUAGCUCCUGACUAUGCUGCGACCUUUCAGAGUCCAUAUUGGACAGAGCGCGGAUGGAAUGUGCAAUGUUCUUCACUGGGAUGGCGCAUAUGGCUUGCUACGCUAGAAACUUGA